AUGAUAAGAGACGAAGAUCUUCUCCAAACACUUGCUAGUAUUUUCAAGGGCAGUGCAAGUAGGUGGUUCCGAACAAUCCGCCAAGAAAUCAGCUCGUGGAGGUCAUUUAAAAAAGCUUUUCGACGGGAGUAUUUAACGACCAUUGAUGACGACGAAGUGAUAGAUGAGAUGAGGAGUAGGACUCAAGCGAAAGGGGAGAAAAUAUCCUCCCACAUAACCAGUUUGCAACUUAUAAUGGGGCAUCUUAGAAAACCAUUGUCGACCAGAGAACAGGUUAAAAUCGCGUAUAAGGGACUUACCCCCACUUAUCGGAAACAAGUCGAUUCAUCGGGGUUAGAAUCACUCUCGAAAUUAGAGAGAAAUUUGCGACAGUUCGAAAAGGUUCAAGAUCUCGACGACAGACACGUUCCCCCUCCCCCUAAAGAGAAAAUGCGUUUUCCCGCCGCGGCUUAUAAGGGUGCGAAAAAGGACGAAAAAAAGCCAUCUUCCUCAAAAGAGACCAAGAAGAUAGCGGCCUUGAAGGACGAGUCAGCGACGGGUAGCAAGGUAGAGAAGGUGGUCAACAAGAAGAGUAAAGGGAAAAAGUCGAAGAAGACAAAGAAAACUGAUUCUGAGAAGGGGACUACAGAAGUGAAUGCAAUUAAGCAAUCAAGCCCUCAGCCAUCCGCGACUCCGAUACGGGCUUCUAACCCUACUCCUACUUUUGCGACAGUGGCCGCUGGAAAGGGGAAGCGUCAGUUUUUGCUAAAACAAACAUCACAAAUUGCGACGGGUGGGCCGAAGCCAUUUGUGGGGGCAUGUUUCACAUGUCAAAUGGUCGGACACAGAGUCUCGGAAUGUCCCAUGAGGACAUGUUUUGUCUGCCAGCAGCGUGGUCAUUUCGCAGCACAGUGCCCAACCAAAGUACAGAUAGAGUCAUGUCUUGUUUGUCGAUCACCAGGCAUGAACUUCCUUAAUUGUCCGAAUUGCGUCCAAGUCAGUGGACAACAGAGUGGGAAGAGACCACUUAAACAGUGUGAUGAGAGAGUUGGUACUGACGAAUUAAAUGAAGAGAAUUCAUUCAAAUUUGUGACACAGGUACAGCCAAAUGAGUGGAGAGUAUUCACUCAAAAACAUGUUGGUGAUAGAUGGGACUAA